AUGAAGACAGUCAACAUGUGCAUUAGACGGCAGAUGGAGGUAUUAUUGAACAGCCUGCAUGAGAUUCUUUCUGAAGCAUUUGCCACCUUGGCAAUUCCAGGUGGGUGUGUUGAUGGGCAGCUGAUGAGCUACAAUGAUGCUAGUGGAGAUUGGGAGACAGCGGAGCAGAGGGAGCAAAGUUUUAGGGACUUAGUGGAACAGGCAAAGCAUGACAAGGCAUCCAACACUAGGAACAUCUGGGGAUUGGUAUGCCUCACCCAGGCACUGAGAAUGGAGGCAGAGGAGGUGGUGAAGGAGUGUGCACUCUGGGAUGACAGUGAUUCUGGGCACAAGAAGGACUAUAGUCCAGUGUCAGUUGCUAAAGAGCAACCAACAGAGGACUUGCUACCUAUGGGCAAGUCUAUGUAA